AUGAAGUUACUUAAGAAAGAGUUUGCACCAAAGAUAGGUUUGAUGGUAGAUACCUAUUUAGAUCUUAUUUAUAGUGAAAAUACUAAUAACGAAAGUGAUAAAUAUAAAAGUGAUGAAACAAGUGAUGAUAAUAUUCCUGCUGCUAGUACCU